AUCUUCACAUUUAAUACUGAUCGAAAACUCGCAGUGCUGGGCAAAGGCUCAUUCAGUCCGCCACUCUUCACCCAGAGCAAGACGGAGCGGUGGCUGCCGCUCGCUUUCUUCGGGAAGUCAUGAAAAGUUCCAGUUCAAAAGUGAUAUCCGUCGCUAGGUUUUUCAGUACUCUGGGGAUAAUUUUUUCCCUGUUGACUUUCUGCACCAACUACUGGCUACUCGCGACCGAAACCUGUGCACUGCCAAAAAAUGGUACUAAACCGGAAUUCAGGCAGGAAGGUCAAGUUGGGAUAAAACUGAAACCAACUCAAAUGUUAGAAAUAAAUAAAUUGCCAAAGAAUUUGUGGAAUCAAAGUGGACAUGGAGACCAAACUGAACGACACAUUCAACGGCGGAGUAUUGCAGAAACGAUGACAAAAAUUAAAUAUUUUCCUGGAAAGUACAGCUUCUACAGCAAAGCAUCUGCGAAGACUUUUCACUAUGAGGGUUUCUUCUGGAGUUGUGCAAUGAGUGUACGACAUAUUGACGACAGUUUUUCAACAUAUGUAUUUUUUGAGCAUGCAAUUUCAAAAAGUUGUAUAGGAGCUUACCAUCUCCCUUUCCCAACAAGGGUGAACCAGAACAGCUCUGCUUAUGACUUUGCCAUUGGUUAUCGCCAUUCCUGGAGUGUGCUGAUCGUGUUGUCUGUACUAACCAUUGGAAUCGGAUUUGGGCUCAUUGUUUAUGAAGCAUUCCAAGGGCAUGACUCUAUGUACAUACUAGGAGGAGGAUUUUUUCUUUUGGCUGGUAUUUUAUCCACAUUUUCCAUUGUUAUGUACAUCUAUUGGAUUCAAGCUCUUAUCGCUGUGAUGGGUCAGAUCAUUGUGCCAAGUAAAGUGUGCCCAUACCCGAUGGUUAAAGUUCUGUAUGGUUGGUCCUUCAUGGCAGCUCCUAUUGGUGCAUUCGCUUCUAUAUUUGCAGGCUUACUGUUCUUUCAGGUUGGAUGCACUGCUCAAAGAAAAAAAAAGAAUAUAACGUAUUCCAUGCCAUUUGAGAAAGUCGGUGAUGAUGAACUCUAAUUGCAUUUUUAUAUUGCAAUUCCCUUUUUCUCCAAUUUUUUCUCCAUUUCUCCAGAAGUCACAUUCAGUAAAUACUUGCAGCCCUCUUGUCCCUCAUUCCUCUCACUAUUGUGUAUAAUUGAGUGUAAGGAAUUAAUGCUGAUGAAUGGUUCAUUUGGCCUCAUACAACAUCCAUAUAUGAGUGCCGUUCUGCAUUCUGUAUUGUAAUCAGACUGCAGCACCUUGAUUCGUUCCCCACUUUAACAAGCCCAGGGCAUGGAAGUAAAUUGGAUUGUUUGUAUAGAUUUUUUUAGCUUACACAAUGUAGACAGCUAGACCUGUGAUCUUCUUAGACUGAAUUAUUCAUGAUUAUAUAUUUUCCCUUUGAACAACUAGAAACAACUUUAGAACUUCCAAACAUUUUAAAGUGAAAACUGUAUCCUAUAUUUGAAUUUUUUUAAUCUCUGGAGUUAAAUUAGUAGAAGGCAUUAACUACUACAACAGAUGCUCACAUGACACAAGACUUUAUAGUUAAAGCAGGGAAAUGAAAAAUAUACUUAAUAGAAAUAAUCUCAUUCUGUAUUUAAUUGUGCUGGAUCUAAUCUGUGGUGCCUGGUAUUUACAAGGGUAUUCAGAAAAAUAUUGUUCUGUCUGCGCACACUUCCUUCCAGCAGAUACUGUACACAACUCAAUGCCAUCAUCUCUAUUGAUAUUCAUUUUGAUGAUAUCAUUCCAUUUUGAGGAUUUAGCAAGAUUCUGAAAAAUAUUAAUUAAUAUAGUGAGAAAAUUCAGUUCAAUCAUUUGUUGUCACCACUGCUAGUGAAACUAAAAUAUUGAAAAUCUUUUAUCUUCUGAGUGAUUAGACUAUUAGACACAGGAACAGAAUUAGACCUUUUGGCCCAAAUGACUAAGCCAUAAAAUUAAAAUUUAGGAAAAAAUUCUCAUCAAGUAGGUAAUAAAGUCCAAAACUGUUAUUGAUAUCUUUAAACUUUGCCAAUGUGGAUGUAAGAGUAUGUUCACCAAUCCUGUUAUCAGAGUGGGAAUCUGCAAUAUAUUUGAAAAGAGUUGGAAGUUUGGUGAAGUGAUUUUAUUCUCUGUUAUCUAUGAAACCAUUUGCAUAAUAAGAGAAUCUAAUUGACUAUUAGUAAAUAAUAUUGGAGUAUUCUACAGUUUCCAUAUGCUCUUCUAACAAUGACAACAACUAAUUUACCCAGCCUUGAUUUAAAAUCACAGCACAGAAACAGGGCUCUUGUCCGUGCCAACUGGGAUGCCUAGCCAUGCCAAUCCCAUUUGCUGGCAUUUUAGCCCUUAUGCUCCAUGCUUUUUCUAUCUAACUAUUUGUUCCAAAUACUGACCAACUUCAGCUAUCCCUCAGUCUUCUACAGCUGAUAAAGUUGCAAAGAUUUCCAUCAGUUCAUCAGCAAUCUCCUCCCUUGAUCUGCUUAGCAUCCUUGGAUAGAUCCUCUCAAACUCUCACCCUUGUGUACACCAGUACUUUCAGCAGUUCCUCCUUUCUGAUGACAUGCUCUAGAAUAUCAAUGCAUCACUCUCAUAACUCUUCAGCCUCCACAUCUAUCUUCUUGGUAAAUACAGAUGGAAAGGAUUCAUCUACGACCUCACUCAUGUCCUCUGGUUCCAUACAUAGAUGACCUCUUUGGUCCCUUUGGGGACCCACUCUUUCCUUAACUGCUUUGUUGUUUCUAAUAUACUUACAAAAGAAUUUAGGAUUUUCCGUACUCCGACUUGCUAAAGUUGUUUCUUGGACCCCUUUUGCCCUCUUAAUUUCUUUCUUAACUUUACCUAUAUCCCUAUGAAUCUGAAUGGACCUGAUCAAUACCAAUUUCCUAUACCUAACAAGGGUUCCCUGAUCACACUUCAUUACUCCUCAGUAACCAAGUUCCACAACAUUACCAUCCUUGUUUUUAACCCUUACAAGGACAUCUUGUCUCUGAACUCUUACUUUUAAAUCAUUCACCUCUGGCAGCUGCUCUCAAUCUACAAUACAUGUAUAGGAAAAAUCCCCUCAGCUUAUUCUUUUUACUUUCUGCUCAGUGGAAUGAACUGAAACCCAGAAUGAUGAUUUCCUGAUUUCUAAGGAUAAGUAAUUUAGAUGUUUUAAAUAGCCUUCAACUCACUAGGGGCAAAAAAAAAACAAUAUUUGGGACCAGAGAUUACAUUUGAAGUUAGGAAGCAGUAGAGAUUGUGACCUUGGAUAGUAAAAUAGUUAGUACAAGCUGAAUGACUGGUGUUUGGAAUAAUGCUUCGCCUCCUACAUAGCAAAUCCAGGCCUAACAUGUUGGGGCAAUAUAGGUAGUUGGAAGUUUAAAAAAAGACUCAAAAUGUCACAUUGGAAUGAAAAGAAAAUUUUGUGUAAGGCAUGUUCUGGUACGCCUAUUAAUAAUGAUAAAGGGUAAAUCAUAAACACAAGAUGUUAAAGGGCAUUUUGUUGCUAGAAAAAAAAUGAAAUUUAAAGCUAAUUAGCUGACCCAAUUUGAGUGGCUGACACAGCAAUUUAAAAUGUGACCUAUAUUAAGGAGUAAAUUAAUUUAACGUAACUCUGUUUUCAUUUCCAAAAUCAUCCAAGCAUAUGAGACAUUUUUUAUGCAUCACUACAAGAUCAGAUAGCUAGGGCAGCAACACAAAUUCCUAAAAGUGAAAGACUCUCUGUAAUAUGUUGAAUGGAAUUGAAUGAAUCUGUUAAUUUAUGGUUAGGCACUAAAAAGGGAGAAAAAAGCUGUAACUCCUGUUUAAAAAAUCAGUUCAGUGAUGGAAACCUGUUUGGAAUGCCAAUAAAGACUGCUUUCCAAAAACAUUAGUAGACUAAAAUGUAUUAUCAUUUCUUGAAAAUCUACUAGCCUAAUAAGUAUGAAAUUUCAUGGAGGAUUUCCACUGCAAGUAAUAGCAUAGGUCAUGUUUUCAUGAAAAGGUCAUUUUAUACAAUAGUUCUGCUAUGAAUGAAAUUGUUUUGUGUAUUAUCUUCAUAGUGAAAUGAUUUCAAGGAACUUGCAAAUUUUGCAGUCCUGUUUCCAAUGACAGUGCAUUUUAUUUGUAUGCGGUCAUGUGAAUCUGUGAUGGGUUACUUGCAGAAUGGUCUGUAUGACACAACAUGCCAUACCAAGAGCCCAUUUACUGACUUAUCAUGUGGGGUUUUCAACACCUUUGACAAAUUGUCAUCACAGACAGAACUUCUUUAAAAGAGCAGCUGGUUUAUUGUCUGGCAGAAUUAGGAGGAGGCUUCAGUUGCAGCCAGGAGGAAGGUCAAUUCAUCCUGUGAAUGUCAAGCCCCUGUCCCUGGGGGUUAACAGAUACAGCAUGGACCAAAAUCACAGGGAUGAUGAACUACCUGGGUCAAUAUUCUGGGUCUGACUCCAGAUUCAGGUUCAUAUCUAGCAGAUGAAAUGUACAGUUGGAUAUAUAUCUGAUACUGUAUAACACUACAUUCAUAACACUUGUGGGCCAGGUCUCUUGCUGAAUGCCACUCUGUACAGUAUUGGUGAGCACAGAUUUCUCUCCAUAUAAAAUGGGUAUAGCAUUGGUAGACAAAUCUUUGUAACUGAAUAAUACUGGGACAACAAGCAGUGAGCAAGGUCUGUCAAUGUAUACAGAUCAUGUACUAGUUGUCACAGGUCUGUUAUUGUAUAACAUAGGGAUAGUACUAAUAGGUACUAAUCUGACAUUAUUUAACAUUGAGGUACAGUACUGGUAAGCACAGGUCUGUUACUAAUAAUAUGGAUAUAACACUGGGGACAGUUCCAUGUGCAAGAUUUGGGUACAGUAGUGUUCAGGCUAAGAUCUGUCAAUGUGCAGCUGUGGCCAAUUCUCACUGGCAUUACUAUGUUUCGUAAAGCUGGGGCAGGCACUGAGGACCGUAAUAGUUUGUAUUACCCACCCACCAGGUGCUCCACUCCAGGCUUUGUUAGAGGCAGACAUGUGUACAUGAAAUGAUAUAUUGUAUGCUGGUUAUUCAGGGAGGAAGGAAGAAACCUUCUUCCUAUUCUUGAAAUGUAUGAUGUUUGACUGCAGGAAGAUGUCAAUACCCUAGAUUUGUAAGCCAAAACACUGUGUUUUGUGCAUUUUUCUUAAUUAAUUGGAUAAAAUCAAAUGCAUUUUUCAUGAGCAUCCCUUAGAAGUGAUUGGGCUGUAAAUCUGAUCCCUUCCACAAAAGGAAUUGUAUUUUACCGAUGCAGAUUAUGAAUUAAUUUUUUGUCCAUUAAUAUUUGUUGUAUCUGUAGUACUCAAAUGUAUACAGAAAUCUGUUUAUGGUUCAAUUUCACAAUAAAGUCUGGAAAAUAUAAGAUAAUUGAAAUUUAUUUUUAAUAAACAUAAGUCCGUUGCUGAGAUCCUGAUGAAGGGUCUCAGCCCGAAAUGUUGACAGUGCUUCUCCUUAUAGAUGCUGUCUGGCCUGCUGUGUUCCACCAGCAUUUUGUGUGUGUUGUAGACAAAGGAGAAUAAGUUGAUGAUGUGUACUUGUAUUUUCAGAAGGCCUUUGACAGGGUGCCACAUAAGAGGCUGCUUAACAAGCUAUUAUGGAAAAUGGUAUUACAGGGAAGAUUCUAGCACGAAUAAAGCAAUGACUGGCAGGAGGGAAAGAAUGGGAAUAAAUGGUUGGAUUCUUUUCACAUUGUAUGUCAAUGAUUUGGAUGAUCGGAUCGAUGGUUUUGUUACAAAGUUUGCAGAUGAUACGAAGAUAGGUGGAGGGGCAGGUAGCUGUGUGGAAGUAGACAGGCUACAGAAGGAUUUAGACAAAUUAGGAGAAUGGGCAAAGAAGUGGCAUACGGUGUUGGGAAGUAUAUGGUCUCUUGGACUUAUUGCACAGUAGAAAAUAUAUCCAUUGUGCUUCCAGAUGAAUAGAAUCAGUAUUGUGAAGUAGUUAUAGAUGGCUGUGAAAAAUUUUACUAUUUCAUAGCACAGAAUAAAAAAUCCUUCAGUUGUUACUGUUUUUGAAUUUCAUCUUUCUUGAAGUUGGGUGCAAUUAAGGUCAUCAAGAUCUUUUGAGUUGUCCCGCACUUCCACGAUUUUGGCAAUGAGGCCAAGAAUUUCUUAUUCCAGUUCCUCUCUAACAAGUUUUAGAACAUGAGCAGGGAGACUGCAGUUGGAAAAAAAAACCAUAAGACAAUAAGGCAUAGGGUCAGAAUUAGGUCAUUUGGCCCAUUGAGUCUGCUCUGCCAUUCAAUCAUGGCUGGUCAUUUUUCCCCUCCUCAGCCCCACUCCCCGGCCCCGCUCCCCGUAACCUUUGAUGACAUGUCCAGUCCAGAACCUAUCAAUCUCUGCCUUAAGUACACCCAACAACCUUAUAUAUUAUGUAUUGCAUUGUACUGCUGCUGCUAAGUUAUCACAUUCUGGUGAUUCUGAUUCACCUAUACAAGAGAAACUAUUGGCCUGACAAGCUGUUACAGAUUUAGAGUUUGCUGCAUGCGAACAGGCACUUCAGCCCAUUAUAUGGGGUGCAGAGUUACCCAUCCCCCCCCCAAGAACCAUGAACGAUAGCUGUUGCUAUGCUGCUCAUGAUAGAGAGAGACGAAACACAGGCAAGAACAUUUGCUACAGAUAAGAGGGGGAGAGAGACUGUUGAUUAACUGUAUUAUGACUCUUCCUGGAUUAUUUACUUUCUACUACAAGGACUGUACUUGGCUCGUUAACAUUCCUCAGGAGAUAGCAGGAGUGGCCUGAUUUGAUGGACAAGGUCAUUCAGAGUUGAUGGACAGCUGAGACCCCGUGAGUGGGGAUAAAAAGACAGGUCUGGAGACACAUUCUUCAGACACACCAGUGGACACUGAUUGAGUGUUGGGAACCCACAGAAAGGUGGAGGCUUCGAAGACCGAACCAGGAGAUCGGUCAGUAAAGCUCACAGUGUUACAGCAGGGCCAGUGGGGACUUGUGUGUGUGUCCACUCAUGCCAGAGUGACGAGUCCACCAUGGAAGAACGGUCUAGCUGAAGACCAGAGGGGUCAUAACUGAAUGACCACAACGAUAUGACAGAUUAAGAAAGCAAAGGAAGGUUUGGCUGCUUUCGCUGUUACCUCUCGCUAGCUCUCUCUCUCUCUCCAAUGAUUUCAACACAACAACCAUAACUACUUCAGCAUUUAUGAACUGAACUUUAUACUUUUCUAUGACAAUUCAUUUACCCCUAGACAUCAAUAGAGCUUGUUUAUUAUUGAUUAUUAUUAUUCCUACACUUUUAGGUUUAUUACUGCUAACUUGUUUUAUAUGUAUAUUUGCAUUUUUGAUAUUGUAUUGAGUAGUUUACUAAUAAACACCUUUAGUUUGGUA